CGGCUGUGUGCUCUUUGAUGGGAGUGUGGCGUGGAUGACAGCCUACCAGCCCCGUCGCCGCAGCAGCAGCAGCAGCAGCGUAUUUAUCAUCGCGCCAGCUGAGGGGAGAGGAGCGCGUCGGGGGAAGGAGACGGCCAGAAAGGAUUACGCACAGCGACCAAGCAUGGCGACCCAGACGACCGCAUCGUGCACCGGGUCCACUCUGCUGCAGCCGCUCAGCGAUAUGAUCAACCUUCCCCUCGAUCAGGUGAACUUCGUGGCCUGUCAGGUGUUCGCCCUGCUGAUGGCCGUGUGGUUCAGGAUCUACCUCCACCCCAGUAAGACCAGUCCCUUCAUCAGACACGUGGUGGCCACGCUGCUGGGCUUCUACCUGGCUCUGUUCUGCUUCGGCUGGUAUUCUCUCCAUUUCCUGGUGCAGAGUGGUCUGUCCUACGGUGUGAUGGUGUUCUCUGGCCUGGAGCACAUGCACAGAUACUGCUUCAUAGUCACACUCGGCUAUUUGAUCUUGUGUCAGAUCACUCGCGUCUACGUGUUCGACUAUGGGAUGUACUCCGCAGAUUUUACGGGGCCCAUGAUGGUUAUAACACAGAAGAUAACAAGCAUGGUGUUUGAAAUACGUGAUGGUUUGUGCAAGCGGGAGAGUCAGCUGACAUCCAGUCAGAAAUACCUAGCUAUCAGGUAUGUGACUCAGAUGCCCAGCCUGCUGGAGUACCUGAGCUACAACUGUAACUUCAUGGGCAUCCUGGCGGGGCCCACGUGCUCCUACAAAGACUACUCGUCCUUCAUCGAGGGCACGUGUUACCAGCCGCGGCACCGCCAGCACGCCAACGGCGGCGAGAACGGGAAGCACCAGCAGAGCGAGCCGUCGCCCAAGAACGCCGUCAUCUCCAAGCUGUGCACGUGUGCCGUCUCGCUGGGCGCGUAUCUGUCGCUGUGCAAGGUGCUGCCCGUGGAGUACGCCAUCAACGAUGACUUCGUCAGCUCCACCCCCUUCCACCUGCAGGUGGUCUACCUGUACCUGUCCAUGCUGGCGCUGAGACCAAAGUACUACUUCGUCUGGACGCUGGCUGACGCCAUCAACAACGCCGCCGGGUUUGGCUUCAGUGGAUACAACAAAGACGGCUCCCCGCAGUGGGACCUGAUAUCAAACGUCAGGAUUCUGGGCAUCGAGUUGGCCACGAGUUUCAAGAUGUUUAUAGACAACUGGAACAUCCAGACAGGGCACUGGCUCAAGAGAGUGUGCUAUGAGCGCUGUCCCAUCAACCCCACUGCAGCCACCUUCAUGCUGUCGGCCAUGUGGCAUGGGGUUUACCCCGGCUACUACCUGACCUUCAUCACCGGCACCACGAUGACGCUGGCGGCGCGUGCAAUAAGACACAACAUCAGGCCGUACUUUUUGGUCUCUGACUCACUUAAGCGCAUCUAUGAUGUCAUCACGUGGGCAGGGACCCAGGUUGCCAUUAGCUACACAGUGUUGCCAUUCGUUCUACUUGCUGUGGGACCUUCACUCAAAUUCUACAUGUCCUGGUACUUCUGCCUACACCUUGUGGCUCUGCUGGUGGUUCUGGCCCUGCCUGUCAAGUCGAGGCGCCGCCAGGCCAAGGAGGAGCAGGACAGCCUUCACAGCAGCACGGACAACAACUGCAACCAGAAGGACAAAGCCACAUGAGGCUCAGGGACGGCGACGGGCCGGCCUUUCAGCAGCAGGAACCUCUGAUCCGAACUAGAAACCUCUGAAGGCUGGAGUGUGGAGGCGCCGUUUCCCUCAUUCGGGAAAUCACGACGUCCUGUCACAACUUCCAGCUGGAGGGACUCUGAUAAAAGAGCAGGAUUUAACGAUGGCCGCCGUGUAAACUAAUGACUGAUAGUGGUAACAUUACGUUGGUGGAAAUAAAAGCUUCCAAGCUGCCUUAAACCUUCUAUGUACCCAGUUUGGAUGACACCAGAACCCAAAUGCAGUCACACCGUAGUGAUUUCAGGUUAUACGAAUCCAUUAGGAUUAACCCUAUGUUAGGCAAAGAUGAAAAAUGUGUUCAUGCAAAGGAAACAAGCUUUAUCAUGAGCUGCCAAUUUCAAACGGGUCUUAGGAUCCUCAAAACAUUUUGAUUUGUAUGUGUUUUUUUUUUUAAAGAAAACUCUUUAUUUGGAGAAACCACAUUGUACACAUUUUAUAAUAAGAGUUCUGUUUAAAACACUACUGAAAAUUCACUGUUAGUGAUUUUUUUUCAGGUAUGAAUUAACUGUUUUGAUGGUCUCAAAAGGAAAGCCAGAUUUUUUUCCCCGUCUCCAGCAGUGAAAAGCCGAAAAAGUCAUUCAACAGUAACUAAACGGAGUUCUAUAGCUUUUAAAAAAUAUAUUUUUCUUAUGUGAUGCUUUAUUUAAGGUUAUUACCUGGUUAUCAUUUAGAAUACUUUUUAUGCUUCGGGAUUUAAGGGUAUAACGCUAUACUUUUUUAAUGUCUGUUUCCUCUUCUCUGUUCCAAAGUCCUGCCUCCUUAAGUAUCCAAACACAUUCAACCAGUGCCAAUCCUUACAGGUCAAAUGUCUAAAAAAGAUAUCCAAUCAGGUUAUUGUAUUUAUUGAGCUAUAAAUAACUACCGGCCAUACAGUAAUUAUUAAAAUGAAGUUGAAUGUAUAAAAAAAGUUUCCAAACUGUUGCACUUUGUAUUGAAGCACAAAUUAUAUUUUGGCUACAAAAUAGUUGUGUUGCUGCUGAUGGAGUUAUUUAUAUUUGUGAUAAAUGGUUCAUUUCAUUUUGUGCCCAUAUGUUUGAUUAGGGGAUGUUUCAGGGUUCGUUUAAUUCAAGGUACAGUAUGAGACACCAUUUCCUUGUGUUGUUCUGGUCCACUUAUCCUUUUGAAAUCCAGUUUAUUCUGUCAAACAUGCCGCGGGUUACUUACAGACCCUGUCACACAUUCCUGUAGAGAGACGCAGGGACGGCAGCCGUUCAUUGCACAGUCACAUCAUCUGUUAAAGCAGCAAAUAGUCAAGCCCACAAUAUGACAUAAAAGAUCAUCAGUGUCAGUGAUUUAGGUUCUUUGGUGCAACAAGAAUAACAGCAGCUCUGAAAUGUGGAGCUCGUUUAUUUUAAAACUUUUAACAUUGCAUCUCAUGCCAUAACUGUGUGUGUACCAGUAUUUAUGUGAUCCGUGUGUGUGUGGUCCCAAGUAACCUCUAUCUGUAGCCUAGGCCCCUGUAGGUGACUGUGGUCCACCCAGAGGAGAGAGAUGCCGCUCUACAAACAUAGCGAUUAUUGCACUGCAUGGCCACCUGUACCAGCAGAUCAAUGCAGACUGCUUCAUAUGUCCAAAGUGCCAAAUUUCAAAUGGCGCAUCGUGUGUGUGUGUGUGUGUGUGUGUGUGUGUGUGGGGGGGGGGGCACGUGAGCGUUUGCUCCUGUGCAACAUCACUGUUAUUUUUGUGUGAGAAGGAAGUUUACUGAGAGAUUUCUAUAACAGUACAUUAAAAUUCAGAUUUAUGUGGCAGAAUAAAGAGAAAUUAUUUUUAAACACUAAAAUGAUAUGCUUUAUUUUUGUCCUGUAAUUAAAUAAAAUAAUGGCUUGAAAUGAUCACAUUACAAA